AUGGCUCAGACUCCUCCUGUGCCUCGCACACUGAAAGAAUUUCUUGCACACGGCAUCGAGCCUGCUCAGUGCUCCAUUUGUUACGAACCGUACAACUUCACCCAUACGGCCAUCAGGAUUCGCGGAUGUGGACAUGAGUUCGGCAGAAUCUGUCUGGAGAAGUGGCUACAGCAGUCUGACGCAACGGGCACAUGUCCACACUGCCGGGGAGUACUGUUCAACAACCCUGAAAAGAUUGAAUCGGAAGCUCUGGAAGAAAUGCGGGAAGAUUUUGUAGAGAGUGGCCGCCAAGUCCGUUUUGCGCAAGGCCGUGUUUUACGACUGUUAGACCUCUGUGAUCCACAUGGGAUCCUGAUGUCGUUAUGGCGUAACGUCCGCCAGGAAUAUGGUCUACUGGCACGCGAACAUCUACAGAAUGCGUGGUCAAGAGGUAUUCGAGCGCUCGUACUCAACCUGACGCAGAUUGAUGAAUCAGCGGGAGGUACCCAUAGUAGUCAUGACAUCGUCAUACUCGACCUAUACAUCCAUUUUCCUUACGAGCGCAGCAUCCUGGAGCUUUUCCCAGCCUCUACACCUGAGACUUGUCCGUUCGAUGUGCUUUGUCGCAACUUCAUUCGCGUCGCCAGACUCCUACCCAGUCUGCAGAAUCCCAACUCGAUCCUCCUGCGUGCCUUGAUCAUGUUCCAGAUUCGCAAUCCGACUACCUCCAUGGCAACUGCUCUACAGGACAUUGAUGAUGACCUUUUGAAGGCUGGCUCCAGCCGCUACUCCGUCUCGCACCAUCCGGACUGGAGGACUCCAGUGUCGCGUUUAUACCUCUUGCUCAUACUCUUGGCUCACGACUACGAAUACAAUCUCCGCUUCCAGCCUCUGAAAGUCUACGAUAGAGAAGAUGUAGCACGGGUAUUGCGUCUUCUCGAACGACCCAUCUUCUUCGGCGAGACAACAAACACCAUGCCACUUGAUUCUGCUUUCUGCGAGCGAGUAGCGCGCUUCUACCAUCUUUCCAAGGUUGGUCAGCCCCAGGAUGAUAACGAAGGAGGGCUGUUGGACCCAUAUAUUGGCCGACGGACAAUUUGCACUCAUGUGCAGGGUCUCUGGGCGUGGUCAAAGACUCCCGGCAGCGCGCCGUGGGAUGGUGUUACAGGGCCUGUGGACUAUUCUAGUGAUAGUGAGGACGAGGAUGGCUUUGCGGAUUGGGACCGGGCGCAGUCGGAGAUUGAUGAUCUUGAUGGACAAGAGCUUCCUGCACUCCUUCAGCUCGAUGGAGUGGUUCAUCGUACUGUUUUAGAGGGCUAA